CCGCAGGCCAUGGAGGGGAACAGGGAUGAGGCGGAGAAAUGUGUCAACAUCGCUCAGAAGGCCCUGACCGUCGGCAACCGUGAGAAGGCCCAGCACUUCCUGCAGCGGGCCCAGAAGCUCUACCCACUGCCCUCGGCCCACACGCUAUUGGAAAUAAUUACCAAAAAUGGAAGCACAGCUAGAAAUCGCCCUCAUUGCCGAAAACUAUCAGGAGGUGGUGGUCAAAGCAAGCCUAAUUACACAAAGGACAGCACAUCUGGUAGUGAAAGCCGAAAAGGCUAUACCCAAAACCAAGUAGAUGGAGUUCUCGGCAUAAACAAAUGUAAAAAUUACUAUGAAGUACUUGGAGUUACGAAAGAUGCUGAUUGUGAAGAUUUGAAAAAAGCUUAUAGAAAGCUUGCUUUGAAGUUUCAUCCCGACAAAAACUAUGCACCUGGAGCAACAGAUGCUUUUAAAAAGAUUGGAAAUGCUUAUGCUGUUUUAAGCAAUCCAGAAAAACGGGAACAGUAUGACCUCACAGGCAAUGAAGAACAAGCUAGUAAUCAUGAAAACAAUGUCAGAUUUAAUUCCCAUAGAGGUGAAGCUGAUGUAACUCCGGAAGACUUGUUUAAUACAUUUUUUAGUGGUGGAGUUCCUUCAGGUAAUGCAUAUUCAUUUUCAAAUGGUCCCCACCAAUAUCAGCAUAGUGGCCAUGAAAGAGAAGAAGAAGAAACAGGAGAUGGAGAUUUUUCUGUGUUUAUCCAGCUGAUGCCCUUUAUUGUAUUGCUCCUCGGGUCAUUAUUAAGCCAAUUAGUGCUCUUUGAUCCUCCUUACUCCUUAUAUCUUAGAUCUGGAUCAGGGCAAACCAUUAAAAUGGAGACAGAAAAUUUGGGUGUUGUUUAUUAUGUCAACGAGGACUUUAAAAAUGAAUAUAAAGGAAUAUUAUUACAGAAGGUAGAAAAGAGUGUAGAAAAAGAUUAUGUGACUAAUAUUCAAAAUAAUUGCUGGAAAGAAAGACAACAGAAAACAGAUAUGCAGUAUGCAGCAGAGGUAUACCAUGACGAUCGUCUCCGAAGGAAGGCAGAUGCCUUGAGCAUGGACAACUGUAAGGAAUUAGAGCGACUGACCAGUCUUUAUGACGGAAGAUGA